GAUAACCUGCAUGUCAAAGGGGUGGUGAAAUUGUCCUAUCAUAGGUUAGGACUCUUCCCCUUUUUCACUUCACCAUUAAUCUUCCUCUCCUCUCUGUUUUUCACUUCACCAUCAAUCAUCUUCUCACAAUCUUCACGAUGCUAGCAGAAAAUAUGCAGGAAUUGAUAUCUUCUGUACCAACCAAUGAUGCAAAUUUCGACUCAGUGAUUCCACUAGCUGAUCAAUCAAAUCCAGUUGCGAAUCAAGCCAAAUCUAUGGACAAAAGGUCUGGAAGAUCAGACGAUGGUCCAGAACCGUGUUUACAGAUGAUAUUGCUCGAAUACAUUAGUAAUAGGAAAAAGAGAGUUAAACAUGCUUCACAAAAAGAGUCCAAGGGUAAGAGACUUAGGCAGAGGAAGAGCCUUGCAGAUGAUGCUGGUACAUCAUGGGAGUCUGGUGUAAGGAGAAGCACCAGGUACAGGACAAAGCCUUUGGAAUAUUGGAAAGGGGAAAGAAUGGUGUAUGGCCGUGUAUAUGAGAGUUUGUCUACUGUCAUCGGGGUGAAGUGCAUGUCCCCAGGAACUGAUGGGAAACCGGAAAUGAAGGCGAAAUCAUUUGUAUCUGAUCAAUACAAAGAACUUUUUGAGAUAGCUUCUCAAUAUUGAAAGUGAAAUCAGAGCUUUCAAUUUUCUUUUAACUUGAAUUAAGUAACAUGACUAAGUAAUAUUUUAGUUUUCUUUUUGAGUAGUAAUUGAUGUAGUAAACUGAAUUGUGAUUAUGUGGUUGUCUAGUUAUCUCCUAGUUUGAAAAAGUCAAAACAGUUUGCUGUAAAAGCUUUGACCAGCAAGAAUGCUCACACUUCAAUUUAUGCAUAAAUUAAUGAGGUUGAUGAUUCUCUUAUAGUUAGAUUGUAGUA